AUGAGGAAUUGGAAAGCCAUUGAGCAUCGUCCCAGGGCUGCGGCUGGAAGUGCCAAGCCUACCAGCACCCCGGAGAAGAAAUGCAAGAACGUAUUAACGAAGUGGCAAAAUCUAUUCUUGACGACGUUUUUAAUUUUCGGAAUAAACAAUGUAGAAACCAAGAAUGAAGUAGUCGAAUCCAGUGUUGAAUCUGUUAGCGACGACUCAGGGCAUUCAUUAGAAGAAAAAAUCAGUCAUCUUGCUCGUCAACUCAUCAACGGCGUCAUUUGGGAAGCCAAAGAACCAAGAGAUGUAGAUUCGACUCGAUCGUCUUCUGGAAGUUCUUUCGUAUCUACAGGGUCAAGUAUGAGCGUUUUAGCUCUCCGUGUUGUCAGGUCCAUUCUAGGAACUGUUGACCCGAACACUGGAAAGUCGAUUAAAGAGCACACAACAUCUUGCGAAAGCCUUCAAGAUAAAGUUGCAAAAUUAUCUGCCUUAGUUGUGGAAGAGGUUAUCAAAGAAAAGCGAAAGCAAACUGGAGUAAAUGUUGAUUCGAACGGAUAUGCUGAACUAGAAGAAAAAAUAUCGAAACUUGCUCUCAAUAUUGUGACGUCAACAAUAGAAGGAAAGCGUCCUCAUUCAACAUCAUCCACAUCUUCAUUAUGCAGCGCCGAACUGGAAGAAAGGGUUAUUGAAUUAUCAGCUCACAUCGUAGGAGGAAUCAUAUCCUUGAAAAAAUCCUUCCAAAAGACGGCAGACGCAGGGAAUCAUCAGAUAUCAAACCUAGUAAGUAAUAGUGUUGAACGUGUCCUCAGAGAAAUAUUCAACUUGGACGCAUUAGCAAAUGCACCAACGAAUGUUCUUCAGAGAGUUACGGAAAGAGAUGUUCGGAGAUUAUCUGAUGAUAUUGCAAGACGACUUGUACCUCCCAGAGAUGACUCCUCUGCUAUGUCAUCGGGAAUGAGCAAACUAGCUGAAGCCCUAACCGGGGAAGCUAUGGCAAAAUUAAUGGAUAGUAAUGAAAGUACCGUAGGGUCGUCUAUGUCCAACGCAGUAACUGCUCUAGCAGACACUAUUGUCGUGGAAACACUGACUGACCAACAACUACUUUCUGAUGAAUCCAAAUUGAGUUCGGCUAUCAGUGAAAUUGCACAAGUAAUAACCGACAGUGCAUUGGAAAGCAAACUCUCUUCCCAAUCUGCUAUGAGUUCUGGAGCUAGUAGACUAGCUGGGGCUGUCAUUGGAGAAACAGUGAGCAAUGCAAUUGAUCAGACGGUGAAAAGUUCGACUGAAUCAGUUAUCAAUAGUGGAAUUAGCGAUCUUGCUGAUACAACUGUAGAUGAAACUGUACAUCGGGCUUGUAUCGUGGAUAGUUCAACUAAAUCUGCAAUAAGUUCGGGUAUAAAGAUGUUAGCAGAAAAAAUCACUCAACAAGCUUUAGACAUGGCUGCCGCUGAUCCUGAAGGAAUAGGAAGUUCAACUCGUUCAGCGAUUAGUUCAGGUGCAAGUCAACUUGCUCUUCACAUUGCACAAAUGAUAACAGGACAAGGAAGCAUUUCUGCUUCUACUCUGGAAUCGGUCCUCAGUUCUGCAGUGAGUGAUCUUGUAGCGGACAUGAUUACUCGACAGGUUCUUCAGAAAAUAGGCGAGAAAGACAAUUCAAUACAAACUCCUCAUCUUGCUAAUGAAAUAACAAGACUCGUGCAGAAUAUUCUUGGUGUUCAUACAAGUGAAAGCAAAACAUCAAAAACAUCUUUGGACACGAGAUCAAGCAAAGAUGUGAGCAGUUCAAGUGCACUGGAAUCUGGCGUUAGUGAUCUGGCAUCUGAUGUUGUCAAAGAAUUAUUGUUGACUAAAGAUUCAGAAGAAAGACCGUCUGAUGAAAGUGCUGCUUCUGCGAUCAGUGCAGUCGCUGCUCGAUAUGUUCAUGAAGUACUUGGUGUUGUAAUUGAUGACAUCAAAGUUGAAGAUGAUAUCAUUCCCGUUCACGUUCAAUCUUUUCAUGCUGUUCCUCCUAACCGCAGCUCAGAAGAUUUAUCAAAUACACAGUCUGUUGUUCAGAAAAGAUCGACUGAUCAGAUACCACACCCCCCUAGGACACAAAAAACACACCACCGUAAAGGUGCAAGAAAAGUUCGAACUAAAAUGCGUGGAAUGUCGACAGGGAGUUUGCUACAAACGGAGAGUAAACCAACUCGACGUCACACUAAUUUUGCUUCAUCUUUUACGGACUGGCGUAAUAACGCUAACAACACCAGAGGCAAAUCAUUGAAUCAAUUGCAGGAAAAUCAUGCACAACAAUAUAAACUGAGUAGUCAAACCCAAUUUGCUGGAGAUCUAUGCGCAGGGACAACUUCAUCCGAAGACUUCAACAAUGUCAUGGAAAGUCUGGCUGCACGUAUCGUUGCGUCUGUUGUUUUAAGACACAAUGAAGAUGAACAACCACAGUCAGAAAUCGCUCAAGACUUGAACGAAUCUAACAGCGUUGAACAUUUGGUUGGUUCGCUCGCUUUGGGGGUUGUGACGUCACUUCUAGGUCUCGACGUGUUGAGCGAAACUGGCCCAGUUGAUGCAAAUUUAUCACCAAGCCGGGAUGACGGCACACAACAGUCGCAUCAACAUAUAGGAACAAAUGAAAAUGAAGCUGAGGAUGCACCUGGACCUUCAGCAGGUGCCAAUGUCAAACAGAAUAAUGUCGCAGAAAAUAUAAACAACGUGAAACAAAAGAGUGAAGAUCAUACGCAGCCCAUACCAAAAAUAUUGAGCAUUCUUUGUUCGGAAGAUGGCGCUGAUUUAUCAGACAAGAAAGAAACCGGUGUGCGUUACUGUGAAGACAGUGCUGUUGAACAUCCACACAGAGUGCGGAGCCCGUCGACUAAAGACAGAGAAAUGCGUCUUCGCGCCAAAAAGAAAAUAGCACCAGUAUCUGGCAACACUACAUUCCAUUCUUCUGGUAAAGAUAAAACUAUUUCGAAGGCACACCGACGUAAAAAAUCCAACUCGAGCUCAUUUGAAAGUACGCCCCUGAAACCUUCAGCCGGAUUUAUAAACAGACAAUCGAUUGAAGAUAGACAUAGCAGACAUUGUCGUCCAAAUGAAUACUCCGACGCAAAAUUCUUGGGAAAAACCACGGAAAAGUUGUGAAAGUUGCACUUGACAUAUUUUAUGUUUUUUAUUUUCAUAGAGCUAUAAAGAUAAUAAUAGUAAUAAACUUAGUUCCGCGUUUGGUCUCGGGUUAUA